GUUCCAUCAGAAUGUGUGGUCACCAUGACAAAGGCUUUAAUAUCACAUCUAAAGGGAGGCAACUACAGCUCGAAUUCGAAAGUGACUGCAGUAUUGAAGCUAGAGGAUAUUCUGCAACAUACGAGUUUUUAACUGGAAGUACAGAAGAGACAACUACACAUCGGGGAAAUGAACAUGAACCGAAUUGCCUAGAACACCCUUGCCAUUCGAAUGGAACAUGUUACAACGAUGGUGAUGGAAACAAAUGCGCCUGUCCGACUGGUUUUGUCCCACCACAGUGCUCACAGAGGCUGGACUUCACGAUACGAACAGAAAACUCUACAGUUGAUCAAUCAAGUGAUAUCAUUUUGAAGUGUCGAGUGAACCACCGCCAUAGGAUGAUAGUAUGGUCUUUCAAUGAUUUUGAAGUUUACACGUCCUCGUCAGUUUAUAAGAUAGACACAAAUGGUGAUCUUACGGUGCGCAAUGCGCAGUCCAGGAAUACCGGAAAGUACACAUGUGAAGUGUUAGCAAGUGGAACAGUCAUACAACACUCAAUAUGGCUAACAGUUCUUCAAACGGAAGAGUGUGGAGGAUCAGUUUUGUCAAAGAAGCGACGUCGUAGAAGGAAAAGGAUUGCCUCGUAUCACAAAAUUCUUGGAUUGUAUUCAGACCCAGCCAAUAUCACAAAGAUUCCUUGGCAUGCAUUUCUUUGGAGCAGCCGCCACAAUCACACUUUCUGUGGUGGAGUGAUACUGUCUAAGCGAUGGAUCGUCACAGCUGCCCACUGCAUCACCAGACAUGAACAUUUCGACACAAACGAAGUUUAUGUGUUUGCUGGAACAAUUGAUUGCAGAGCGAGCGACGUGAGCUUGAUGAAAAUUAAAUCCUUCAGGACCUAUCCAGGUUACGGAAGAAACAGUAACAGUUACGACCAUGACAUCGCCUUGAUCCACCUGCAGGAAUCGUUUAAGUUUACGAAAUCUGUUCUUCCCAUUUGCUUGCCAGCUCCAGGCAAAGCAGUAUUGUUAAUGAAACCAGGCAUUAAAAGCGUCACUUCCGGUUGUGGCCUCACCGAAAACUACACCCAAUCAGAGAUAUUGAACUACGUCAAGGUGCCGAUACAAGAUGCCACAACGUGUGCGAAGUCUAACUCUAUUGUUAAGACAUCUCCUGGGACAGCUUUCUGCGCCGGGUACGAGGAACAGGGUCUAGGAGACGCGUGUAAAGGAGACAGUGGAGGGGGGCUGGUCGCUCGGGAAAAAACCCGCUGGUACUUGAUUGGAAUUGUGUCCUACGGCGAAGACUGCGACAAACAUGGCAAAUAUGGUUUCUACACAAACGUCAGUAACUAUUACUACUGGAUCAAAUCUGUCGUAGACUGCGGUCAGAAAGCAGACAAAGAACCAUCUGACAAUUUCAGAAUUAUCGGCGGAAAGGAAACUCAUCUCGGCUUGCUUCCGUGGGUGGCUGGACUGGAAGAUCCGGCUGCACGUAAUUCGAAUUUUGAUUGUGCCGGCGUCAUAUUGGGAGAAUACUGGGUGAUGACUGCAGCCCACUGCCUAGUAUCGCAGAAAACUAGAAACACAAAAAAAAGUAUUAUAGUUGCUGUAGGAACAAUUGAUGACUCUUCCAAGACAAGAACAGACCACUCCCAAAAAUAUCGAAUCCAAAAGAAGAAAUUCUUUUUGCUACCGAAUUUUACAAAUAAUUGUGGAGUACAAGAUUUGGCCCUUAUACAUUUACAAGAAAACAAAGGGAUCAAGUUCAACAAGUUCAUUCAACCCAUUUGCUUACCUUCUGGCAAUGCUGAGUAUCCCGGAAGUGAAUGCAUCAUUUCUGGGUGGGGAAAGACAGAAUCAAAAUCUGAAAAAUAUGCGAAGACACUCAGAUGGGCAACAGUGAACAUUGCAGACGAUAAUACGUGUGGACGAUUCCAGGACACAUCCCCAUGCAAGAGGAACAUUAACCUUCUGUGUGCUGGAAAGAACAACACGGAUACGUGCUCGGGUGACAGUGGCGGCGGACUUAUAUGUAGAUCAAAUGGUAAACAGGAAGUGACAGGAGUGAUUUCGUUUGGUCCGAAAGAAUGUGGUCAGGCUCUGAGUUUCUUUACUCGUGUCAGUUCUUACGUAAAAUGGAUUCGAGAGACGAUCAAGACAAAUGCCUAUUCGUCUGAAGAUUGGGAUUUCUAAGUGGAUCCGUUCAACUGAUUUUGUUUUCUCUCGCUACAACCAGUGCACCACAACUGUUCACAGACCAUGGUGUGUGCUUUCCUGUCUGUGGGAUGGUGCAUAUAAAAGAUCCCUUGCUGCAUUAGG